AGGAGGAUGGUGCCGACGACCCCAGCGCCCAGAUGGAGGGACCUUCGCAGAGCACCCCCUGCCUUUUCUGCGACAGGUUUUUCAGUUCAGCUGAAGAUAGUUUUUGCCACUGUACCUCAGACCACGAGUUCAGUAUUGAGAUGAUGGUUCAAAAACAUCGGCUUGAUUUCUAUGGCUACAUUAAGCUAGUAAAUUUUAUUAGACUGCAAAAGCCAGACGCAGAGUAUGUUAAUUCUCUUAGACCUCCAUUUCCUUGGGAUGAAGAUAACUAUUUGAAGCCUGUAAUAGAAAAUGAUUUAUUACUACAGUUUGAUAUAGAAGACCUUCUUGAUUCUUCCAGUAUCUCUUGUCCUAAUGGAGUAUCUGAGGCUUCAUCUCUCCUUGAAUGCUUGAAAAAUGCUGAGCACAGAACUGAGUUGGCAGAAGUUGCAUUGGCCAGAGCCCAAGAUGAUCUACAGAAAAUGAGGCAAUUUGCACAGGAUUUGGUGAUGAACACAGAAAUCCGAAGUAGCUCAUCUGAUAGCAGGAUUGGAAACUUAAAGGAGGAUGAGGAAGAUGUUUACUUCAGCUCGUACGGGCACUUUGGGAUCCAUGAAGAAAUGCUAAAGGAUAAAGCACGUACUGAAAGCUAUCGUGACUUCAUAUAUCUAAACCCACACAUCUUUAGAGAUAAGAUUGUCCUAGAUGUUGGAUGUGGCACUGGAAUCCUUUCCAUGUUUGCUGCCAAAGCAGGUGCAAAAAAGGUGAUAGGAGUGGAUCAAUCUGAAAUCAUUUAUCAAGCCAUGGACAUCAUUAGGAUCAAUGGACUUGAAGAUAGUAUUUGUUUGAUCAAAGGAAGAAUUGAAGAAGUUGAUAUGCCUGUUGAAAAAGUAGAUGUUAUCAUAUCUGAAUGGAUGGGCUAUUUCCUCCUCUUUGAGUCUAUGCUGGAUUCAGUCAUUUAUGCAAGGGACAAAUAUCUGGCCAAAGGAGGCUCAGUGUAUCCUGACUCUUGUACCAUUAGCCUGGUGGCUGUAAGUGAUAUCGCUAAGCAUACCGAUCAAUUGACUUUCUGGGAUGACGUCUAUGGCUUCAAUAUGUCCUGCAUGAAAAAGAUGGUAAUACCUGAAGCAGUUGUGGAAAUCUUAGAUUCAAGGACUCUUAUAUCUGAAGAUUGUAUCAUCAAGCGGAUAGACUGCCAUGCCGUCUCAGUUCCAGAACUGGAAUUUUCAUCUGACUUCGUUUUGACGGUCAUCAAGACUUCCAUGUGUACGGCAAUUGCUGGAUAUUUUGAUGUGCACUUUGAGAAGAAUUGUAACAAACAAAUUCUGCUUUCAACUAGUCCCUGUUGCACCAAGACACACUGGAAACAAACAAUGUUUUUUCUGGAGAAGCCAAUUCCUGUUGAGGAAGGUGAAGAACUGAAAGGAAGGAUAACAAUACACAGAAACCGAAAAGAUUCCCGCAGCCUCGUUGUAACCCUUUCAGUUAAAAAUGUGAAACAAACAUACAGUCUACAGUGAGCGUUGUCGCACAAUCCGCUUGAGAAUCUUUGUUCAAUUGCCAGACGCUUCUUUUUGAAGCAGAAAAACCUGGAUAAAAUUUUAAGUUCAUUUGGUUCUACUUCCCAUAACUUUUUUUCCCCCUGGACAUAUAGCUGAUCUAUUAUAUGAGUCAUAUAUUAUUAUAUGCUGUCUUAACCAAUUAUUUCACCUUGUGUGGAAAACCCUUAGUAGAGUAGCAGUCCUCUGCCCAAUCUCUGAACGUUCUCUAAAUGUAAGAAUACAUUGCAAUAGAAAUACAGUGCAGAUCUACAUUUAGAAGUGACAUCACGUGUCUAAUUUUUUUUGAAGAGUUCAUAUUAUUAGAUGGGACCCAGAAUUUAUUUCUACAGUGAUGAAAUCUCCUGGAGUUUUCUGCACAGGAGGGGUAAGGCAAGCUUUGUCCGUCAACCCUGGAGGCCUUCUUAUCACCACUUCCACCCUUCUGGAGAGUCUUCAGAACAGAUUUUUGAGAAUCUUUAGGACCUGGCAGCUGGAUUCCUCCUCUGGUUCAGAAUAUUUAACUUUGCAAGUAGGAAGCGUCUUUAUGUCUGCAGGAAGCCAGGCCUAGUUUCAAGAUAAUCAUAAAAAUACUGAAGACACGCAAAUAGAACUAUGUGGAUACCAGAACCAUUUAGUGUUUGACUACCUUCAACGAUGCACAGGCAAGAAUUAUGCUUUUGCACACAUUAUUUUUAUAAACAUAGUUUCAAAAUAAAUUCAUUUCUUGGUCUUUGGAUUUCAAAUGUA